CAAGGUGCUCAUCCCAUCAAACGGCCAGGGCUCGCACCAACAACGAACAGCUUGCGUCGCUUGCUGGCGACGCUCUUCCGCCUCUUUCAUUGCUUAAAUUGGCCUCUCGCUCAUUUUUGCUUCUUUAUGCCCGCAGACGCCACGCCCUGGUUUGCAUCUUCGAUAGCUUUGUUCCGUUUCUGGAGCUAGGGUCACCUGUCCUGUCUUGUCCUGUCCUGUCCUGUCCUUCCUGUGCCUGUCAAACGAGGCGAGAAAGAGGGAGAGACAGGGCGUGAACCAGGCCCUGGCUGGUGUCCCGGAAACGCAAACUGUAUUUUAAUCUCGGUAUUCUUACUGUUACAGCUACAACAAUCUCGCCAUUGUUCCGAAUAGAGCUACUAGUGGCCGCCAUUCGCCAUGGCCUCGAUGGAGCCGUCCGAAGAUGACAUCUCGCAGGUCAUUGACUUUGCGGGCCUCAACCCAGUCGAUGACCGUAACUUGGUCAUAAACGCCCUCAGAAAUAAUAAUCGAAAUGUCGAAACGGUCGUUAUGCAAUACUUUGACAACGCUGAGAGUUUCCGACAAAAAUAUACUUCGCUAUGGAACGAGUCCAUGUUUUCAGCCGAUAGAGACGGUGCAGCCGGUACCGAUGGUGUCAGAUGUAUGAAGGGGGAGCUAUCCACACCAAUGGGGAGAGUACCAUCUGGUAGCUGACAUUCUGAGCAGCAUUUCACAUCGAAUCAUUAAACGGCAACGAUAUCAUACAAGGGGUGACGCCUCCUCCGCCUGGCUACGGAGCUCCAUCAAGGCCUCCUUCGCGGUCCAACGUCAGGUCCCCACUAGGUAGGAUGGUCGACUGGGCCUCGGGGGACACAGCUGGUAGUGCUCUGCACUCCCCCGUACCUAUGGAAUAAACUAUUCUAACACGGCU